GAAUUACAAUAUCGAUUGAAGAAGAAGAAAAACAACAAUGGAGUGCAGUCUGUGUGGCGAUGUGGGCUGUCAAGUCUAUUUAUUCCAAUGCAAAAAAUGUGUAAUACUUUUUCAGCAUCAAUAUUGCAGCAGAGCAUAUUAUGAGAAUGUAUCAGUUGAAAGUAUAAAUGAAGUGUGUGACUGGUGUUUCAGUAUUCAAGAGGAGGAUGCAGACUAUGAUGUUAAGCUUCUGAUCAAGGGUUCUGUUAAAAGAAUAAAAAAAUCUGGGUUUGCAGAGUGUACAAACAUGACCCACAAGAGCAAAGGCAAGAGAAAUUUGAGAAAAUCCUGUGCCGGCAUUAAUGGACAGAUACCCAAUGACCUGAGGAAGCAGAAGAAUCCUGAACUUACAUACGGUACUGAAAGAAGAGUUGGGAAGAAAUUUAAGCUUCUUGAUGAAAUUGUCUGUUGAUUGCAAUGGUUUACAUUGUAGAGAAGCUAAUUUCUGAAAAAGCUGAUCUUAACUGAUACAUACUUACGAAAUAGACCAUCUAUUCAGUUUUGUAUCUUGUCAGGUUAGCUGUUCAUGAACAUAGGAAAUUUACUAUGGAAUUACCUCUCGUGUUGUUUGAUAAUAAUA